UCCAGCUCUCGCUCUUUCGUCAUGCGUAUGAGCAUCUUAAAUCUAAGGCCUUCUGAUUCGCUUGGGUUCGAUUAUGUUCAAUUCUUCGGUAAUUUGAGGAGUAAUAUUUGUGCUCAAAGGAAGCUCACGCGUGUUAGUGUAGCCUAAGGUCCGGAAUAUUGAAAAUCUGGUCCAUGAUGGAGAAUAUGCAGUAUGCCGAGGAGCUUGUGAGGGAGUUCCUUGUGUUUAGGGGGUUUACAAGUACUCUUCAAGCUUAUGAGAGUGAGCUGAGCACAGAUAUCGGAAAAGGGUUUCAAGUGGAUAAGAUUUUAGAUUUAAUAUUCUCAAUAUAUAUUCCUAAAUUUGAGGCAGAAAAGUUGGUGGGGCUGCUAGUUUUUUUCAAGCAAUGCCUUGCUUCUUCAUCUGACAAUACACUUCUUUCAACCAUGUCAAAAUUGGAGGUUUCCAUCCUUCGUUACUAUAUGGUAUAUGCCAUACAAUCUGGAAGGCCAGACAAAGUUUUGGAGUUUCUUAAAAUAAAUGGCAACGAUCUACUGCAGAGGACUAGAGAUUGGACUCCAUGGUUUGCCGUGCCAUACUUAAAGAAUCCAAAGUUUGAUCCCAACUUUCAUGUCUAUUUUACAAAGGAGUGGUAUGAAGCGCUACAUGUUUCUGUAAGGAAUUUCUUCAGCGAAGUCUUCAAUGGUACUCGCAUUCCUGCCCUACUAAAGCUCAGUUCAGAGAAGAAUACAGUUAAUCAUCUUAAAAGAGAUAUCAAGCAGCUAAAUCUUAAAUUAGCACAACUUCAGGCUUUGUUAGAGGAGAAAGAGGCUCAUCUGUGCCACUUUAGAGGCUUAAUGAGCAGUUCUUCAAGUAUGGUGCACGACGAGAAUGUUCCUUCAUCAAGUGAUGCCCAGGAGACUUGUGCCUCUCCAGCUACACAAGUUGGGGAACCACGACUGGCUCGAGAUGGGGUUUUAGCAGGGUCUACUGCUUCAAAUGAAAACUCAAAUUCUUCAUUAACUCCUUGCAGCGGAGAUGUUGGUGAUCCUAGUCAUAGUUGUGAUGAUGGUCGUGAAAUGGAGAAUAGCGGAGAAGUGCAUGUACAAGAAGAAUUUCCUGAAGUGAAAGUAGAAUUUCAGGAGACAUUUUUGGGCCACACAAGUCCAAUCAGUCGUUGCCGUUUCUCUGCAUCUGGAACCAAUGUAGCAAGUGCUUCUUUGGAUGGAACAGUCAGGAUAUGGACAUACGACUCAUCCACUCCAUCAUCUAGAAAUGCAACAAUUUACUGUGGAGCAGAGAUUAUGUCACUCGAUUGGGAGUGUAAAUCUGAUCGCCUACUUCUAAUUGGUACUGCUGAUGCGGGCAUUAAAGCAUGGAAUGUUGAUGCUAAGAGAGUUGUGUGUGAUCUCAACACGACUGAUAUGUUCCCUAGUGUGUUGGAUAUCAAGUGCAGUCCUGUUGAAUCUAUUUUCGUGUCUGCAGCAGCAUCUAGAGGGCAUGGUUCAAGUUAUGUGGAUAGUAUGGGGUUUGCUUCCUUAACAGUAUGGAACAUGAGAACAUGGAAGGCACUGUCAGUCCUUCCUCUUGGUAAGGAUCCACCUGCAAUCACUUCAAUUUGCUUCAAUCAUAACGGAAAGAUUUUAGCGGCAGCUGCUACUGAUGGAAUGAUUCACAUGUUUGACAUGUCUGCUUGUCUACAAAUUACAGGGUGGCCUGCACAUGAUUCUGCCAUAAACUCGAUUCUUUUUGGGCCAGAUGAAACUAGCAUGUUUACCUUAGGGUCAGAUGGGAAGAUAUUUGAAUGGAGCUUGCAUAAUCAAGGUCAAGUUCUGUGGUCAAGAAAUAAUAGCAGAUUUUGUGAUCCCGAGAGCUCUCUAUCUUUGAGACAUGAAAUGGCUUUGGAUGCUAAUGGAAAGAGGCUCUUGGCAACAUCAAGUUCAGUGAGAGCACCCAUAUACCAGGUGGGGGGUCGAAUAGGUGGAUUGAAAACUCUUCCACACACCGCAGCGAUAACUACGGUGGAUUGGCACCCAACUUCGCCCGUGUUCUUGACUGGAUCUGCCGAUCACUCAGUUCGAGUUACUUCUAUUUCUUGAAGACAGUUUGUGUUUUUUGUGGUCUUGAAUCUUGAUUGCUUGGAGGUUUGUGAGUAAUUCUCAUGUUGUUCUGUGCAUGAUUCAAUCUUAAACGAGCUCAAUGCUGUCUCCUUAUA